AUGACCUGGGACGAAUCGCGGCGGCGAUAUGGCGGCCAAACCAUGGGACCGAACUCGGAACAAUUACCACGACCCCCGAUCGAAGGCGCCUAUGUCGACGAAGACUACCCUACGCACGAAACGUCCGAAGCAGAGAAGCGAGCGAGCGAAAAGGCGGAAACCCGAGCCAACCUACGUACGGAACGACGGAAUCGACCGGACAAUACUCCUGACAGUGAGGAAGGGGAAAAGGAAUACCAGGAAGAACAGCGUAAGCAAGCUGGGCGGCGGCGGAUCAACAAGGCCAACCGUCCCCCAACGGAAAAGCGUGUCGACCACGCCAAAGUGGCGCGUGCGCCCCAUGACCGCCGGAUGCUGGACACAAGUAUACCAAGCAGCUCGGGAUGGGGACCACUUUCGAGCGGACCACCGACACCAAGCAGCGGAGACUCCAGUGGACCUUCAUAG